UCGAUUUGGUUCUGGUUUUACUUUUGGUUGGGUUUCGCUUGGUUCAAAACCAGUUCAACUUCCAUGCCAAACGCUUGUCACUUUUUGCUUUGUUUUAUGCUUAUCGCAGUUUAGUAAACAGUCCGGAAAAUCACCGGCAGAUUUAUACCUGCGCUCGCGUUGGUCUUUCAGCCGUGCUACUGCCGGCCUGUGAGGUCAAAGAACUCAUUUAAAAGGGUCUCAACCGAAAGGCACAACUAACAUGACGCGGACUGAGCAAAACAUAGCGUUAGUGUCCAUAAUUUUGGCAUCAGCUGCACUGCCCCGAAGCGCCAUUUGCUCGAAGCAACCGAAAGGUCGCGUACUGCUCGACGGGCUCUACUUCCCGGUGCAGCACGGGUCGAAGGAGUCGUGCCACGCCGCCAACCUGUCAGUCUGCUGUCCGGGCGCCGUGAUCUGGAGCUGCCCGCUACCGCACGAGCCAGCCGAGCGCUCCUUCUGCUGUCACGUGCGCCACGACUGCGCCUACUGCUGCGCCGAGCACGAGUUCUUUGGUCAGCACGACCCUGCGCACUGCCGCGACACACCGACGCAGCUGCUGACCUUCGCCCUCGGGGCUAUGCUGAUGUUUCUGAUCUGUGUCCUGGUAUGCUGCGCCCUCGUGCCCGGAGGGGUCAUCUACCGCCGCAUGUUCCCCGAGAUUUAACGAUGUUGGAGAUAGCGACGCGGUGGUCGGGAAAUGAAAAAAUGCACACUGGCGGAAUAUCAGAAGAAUCGGUCGACCAGCCGGAAGAACAUAUACGAACGAAUAUUGAUAACCGGGCCGAAACGACACCUGCAGUGCAGUGUGGACGCGAAGUUUUCAGUGUCUGUCACGGUUUGCUAAGACCGAAGCGUUCGAGGACCAGCUCAGUGUCUCCAGUGACACGGGCAGCAUGAAUGGCAUCACAUGCACAUCGGUGCGCAUCUUCAGCAAGGGCUAAGGUAGACUAAGUUUGUUUCUUUGGCCAUGCACGGCAUGACAUCUUGCACGUGUAAAAACAGAGCUGACCUUUAACGUCUUUAAGGGUUUUGAAAUAUAGCUGAGCAAGGAA